AUUUAUUUUUAUAUUCUAAAUUAAUUUACAAGGACUAUAUGAAAUUAAACUUUUAGAAUUAACUUUUUAAACAAUUAGCAAAAACACUAAUUAGCAUUUAUAAUGGUGAGGUAUGGAUACCAGAAUAUCAACGAUGGAACUCCAAGAAGAGAAAGGAACCGAAUUAAUAUGUCCUCAUCGAUUGAAGAUGACGAGGAUAUUGAUGAAGUUGAUAACGUUCAAAGCAGAUAUGUUAUACCCGAAGGAAUGAGAUAUACCAAUUCCAACUGUGAUGACUGUACUGAAGAGGAAGAGACAGACAGAGAAAUUUCAUAUAGCUCAAACAAAGAAGAUUCUUUAGAGAAAGCAACUAUUGAUGCGAAAAAGUCCACAAAUUAUUUAGGUUUUAAUGUAGUUUUAUUAGCUGGCCUUGCAAUUGUAUUUGCUUGUUAUUCCAUCCAAUUUUUCUUCACUAAUAGUAAUCAAAAUCAAAUAAUAUAUGAUGAAAGUAAAUUUUAUAGUGAUGUAGGUAAUUUAGGUAAAAAGUACAAUGUCAACUACAAUUCAAUAUUGCAGAUCAAAUCAGUUAUUUCCACAACAUUUCAUAAAAAAGAUGCAGCCUCACUUAUAUUUACUUAUAACAGUGCUAAUUAUAAGUUCGAUCCAAUAAAUUUUAAACAAUUUAUGAAUGAUGUUGCCUUCACUGCAUCUAGGUUUCUACGCAAUGACAGCGAAAUUCAAAACCAAGUAAUUGUGGAUAGCACCAAACUUAAAAUGAAAGUUCAUAGUGAACUUAUGGAAAGAUAUCGAAAUGAUGUUACAAAGUCUGGAGUGAUGUUAGUUACAGACCUUGAUAAAGUGCCGUCGUCUCUCGCGAUGGCAUUCCAUUAUUAUUGUGACGAAUUUAAUCCUUUAGUCAAGAAAAGUGCUAUAUUUUUCACUCUUGAUAUAGCAAGAUGCUCAGAUCGUAAAAUAACACAUUCAAGUGUUGAAAAAUGCUUGGCUAAGAAAUGGACUAUCAUCCCCGCAGACAAUAUUGUUCCUUUGUUGACUAGAAUUGUAAAUGUUGUUAUUGAUGUUACUAAUGUAAUUUAAACAGAGUUGAAAUUGCACUUGGUAUUUCGUAAUGUACU